AGCCGCAUGUCAAAACACACAUUUCAAAUUUUUCGACGCCGCACCGGCUUGUUCCCACAAAAAACAAACCAAGCAUGGAAGUAUAUACAUUUGAAAAAUCAUACCUGGAGCGCCUCAAAGAAGCCGAGGCGGUGCUGUCCUGGGAUGGAGAUGUUAUGCCCGCCUCCCAAGUGCGUUCCGAGUGGAAAUCCUUUGUGGAGCUGCGAAUUGAGCCAGCAGGUUGGCAAGCGAUCUGGAAAAUACCUCGCGUCAUCUGCGAGGAUCUCAAGUUACGGUAUCCGACCAUUGUCUAUGGCUAUGUGGACCAGGUGAUAUUCGACGAACUGAAGGCUGUGUUUGUGGUCACGGCCGUGCAGGACAACGAUGUCCACCUGCCGGAGAGCAACGAGGUGUCCUUGGUGGAGCUGUGGCCCACCGUCAAGCAGGAGAACGAUGCUCUGAAUGUGGACACCACAGCGGAGUGCAUAGAUCGGCUGCGCUUCUUUUACUCGCACGUCUGGAUGCCGUGGGACAAGGACUACGACGACGAUCGCGAUUGGGUGCAAAUGCACCUGCAGGCGCGCAUUCAGCUGGCCUGUGAUCUGAGCAAGAACAAGCUGUCGCGCCCCCUGGCCUUGCACAUGCGCACGCUCCUCAUGGAGGCCAUGUACAUACAGCAGCGUCUGGAGUAUUUGGAACUAGAUCUGAGCGAUGCCGAGGUGGAGAGCGAUGACGAGGCCGUCGAGCUGAAUGACAAUGCCGCCGAGCCGGCCAGGAAACAGCCCAAGACGGGCGGCAGUGCCAACGGCAGCUUGAAUGUGUCCGCAUUGCCGGUGACGGAUCUGAUGUGCCUGCACCUGCGCAUGGCCAUUAUACGCAGUGAGUUUGAGAUCCUUGAGAAUCCCGAAAUGAGGCGCGCCUACAGUGAGCUGCAGUCCAACUCCCUGAAGCGUCAGCUCCUGCAACUAAGCGCAGGCAGACCGUCGGAGCUUCCCCUGACGGAGCGUACUCCCAUUUGCCAUGUGGUCACAGUGCCGGGCACUCUGCAGCAGCAGAUGGACUUGCUGACGCUGGCCAAGGAGCAAGUGCAGCCGGACAGGCAGGUUCAGCUGGCCAACACCUUGCAGGAUGUGCUGAGCAUCUGCCGGAGCGACGAUGACAUCUUGCUCUCACCCGGCGAGCACACAAUCAAAUUCCUCGAGCACCUCAACGACAACGGCAGCCUCAAGGGGCUCGUCAAGUCCGAGGCCAUACUGGUGGCGCAACCACAGCUGCCACAGUUGCCCGUAGUCUGCUCCAGCGAUGAGGGCAGCACUCUGCUGGUCAUCGAUGGCGACUACACGCUCUCGCGCCUGGUGCUCGACUGUCGUCAUGUCCGGCGUGGCAUUCUGCUGCGCAACGGCACGCUCACCGUGCACGGGUGUCGUCUGCUGGGCGACGGCAACUCCAGCACUCAGGAAGGUAUUGUUUGCAUGCCAAAUGCCAGCGUAGAGAUGCGCAGCUGCGUCAUUGAGAACUUUGCCGUGGGCAUUUCGCUGCGACCGCAGUCCAGCGCAGAGCUGGGCAAUGUCCAAGUGAAAAACUGCAAUACGGGAGUGGAGCUGCUGGACACGACAGUCGCGUUGAAUCUACAGGGUAGCAAGUGCAGCUUUGACGGCUGCAAAGUAGGAAUAAUGGCCGAUAAACUGGCUUUGCCCGACAAAGAUGAUAAGGCGCUGAUCCUAAAGCAAUACAGCGAACUUAAGCGCUACAACGACAGCUUGUGGCUGGGGAAUUGCAAUUUCGUGGAUUGCACCAGAAAUGUGCGAGUUUUCAAUGAAUCUGAUCAGCUGCUGGCUCAGCGUUCGCAGCAACGCCUCCUAGAGGAAGAGCUGGAGGGCGAGAAUAAGGAAAACAUUGAAACUGCCUAAGGACAACGAAUCGAAUGCUUACAACAAUCAACACACACAGUUUACGGUUAAGAAGAAGGCACAAAUAAACAUAAAAGCGAAA